AUGUACUUCGAUUUCCCUGUGGAGAUGAUGAAGUGCAACAGCCGUGGAAACGCAGGGAGAGAUGUGCAAGAACCAGUGACUUCUGAUUUCUUGUUUGAUAAAGAGACAGAGACUAUGGUUUUGAGAAGUGUUUUAAGACAAAGAGUUCACGUUUGUCAUGAAGAGAUCACCAGCGAUCGGCUGCGACUUCAUCACUGCGACGU